AUACUAGUGAGCCCCAAGGAGAGAGGAAGGGUGUUAGAAACUGGGAGCAAAAGAAGAGAGAGAGAGUGAGAGAGAGAGAGAGAGAGAGAAUGGAGAUAAUUCAAGCAAGUUGGAGUUGGAGUUGGAGUUGGAGUUCCAGCAACCUCCAAUUUCUCCAUCUUCAAAUGCCUGCUUUGAGCCUUGGCUUUCCUCACUCCUCCUCCGUUUUUUCUAAUAAUUACAACCACACAUUUCACACACCACUUCCAACCUCGCCUCUCCCUCCAAACCCCCAACUUCGUCUUCAAUCAUUCCGUAAACCACUCAGCACAACCCGUUCACUCCCAGAUGAAGCUGCUUCCGGUGGUUCAGCUUCAAACGUUGUUGGUAUUGAUUCUUCUCUAACACUGAAGAAGAAGGCAAUAGAGAUAUCCUCUGAACUAAAAGGAACUUCAAUAUUUCUUGUUGGGAUAAAUAACACCAUCAAAACUAGUCUGGGGAAACUUCUAGCAGAGGCAUUGCGAUAUUAUUACUUUGACAGUGAUAGUUUGGUGGAAGAAGCUGCUGCUGGUGAUUUUGCUACCAAAUCAUUUAGAGAGACAGAUGAGAAGGGAUUUCAUGAAUCAGAGACUGAAGUACUCAAGCAGUUAUCCUCCAUGGGUCGUCUGGUUGUUUGUGCUGGAAAUGGUGCAGUUCAGAGUGCAGCCAAUCUGGCAUUUUUGAGACAUGGGAUUUCUAUAUGGAUAGAUGUCCCUUUAGACAUGGUAGCCAGGGGGUUCGUAGAAGAUGGAUGUCAACUUUCUGCAUCAGAAAAUUUUAAUUCUGUACCUAAUUCUGAGGUGAUGACUCAGCUAACUGUGAUGUACGAAGAAAUGCGGGGUGGAUAUGCUAUAGCGGAUGCUACUGUUUCACUACCAAAGGUGGCUUCUCAGUUAGGUUAUGAUGAUUUGGAUGCAGUAACCACAGAAGACAUGGCUUUGGAGGUUCUCAAGGAGAUAGGUAGACUGACGAGAGUUAAAAAGAUGAUGGAAGCAGCUGCCAGACCAUUUUAGCUCACAAGGACCACACUCGCAAAUCUUGUAACUAAAAGCACUUGCAGCCAUGUGUAAGUUUUUCCAUCAACACCUAUCCUGUAAUUGUUGUGACUGGAAGCAUCGAGUAAUGUGUUACUAUGAGGUGUAUAUGAAACCAAACAUAUUUUCGUUA